AUGGACACUGCGCAGCAGCAGCAGCAGCAAGAGACAAGACGGCAGGCAACACUGUUGGAUGGAAAGAAGAUCUCAGAGCAGGUGCGCGCUGAGCUGAAGAGCGAGGUCGAGGCGUUUAGGAAGGAGUACCCGGGGUUUAGGCCCAAGCUUGUGGCUGUGCAGGUCGGCGAGCGCAGUGACUCAAGCGUGUAUAUCCGCCAGAAGGAAAAGGCGUGCAAAGAGGUCGGAGUCGAAUUUGAGCACGUCCAGCUUAACGAGGAUAUCCAGCAGGAGGAGCUGGACGCCCACGUUGACCGCAUCAAUCAUGACAGCAGCGUGCACGGAAUAAUUGUGCAGCUGCCAGUGCCCGAGCACCUUAGCACUCGGCACAUUGUGCACUCGAUCCUGCCGUCCAAGGACGUCGACGGAUUCCACGCUGAAAACAUCGGGCACCUGUCGAAGCGCGCGACAGAGCCGUUCUUCCAGUCGUGCACACCCCUGGGGUGCAUCGAGCUUCUGCGGCGCUACAACAUCGACGUCAGCGGGAUGGACGCCGUGGUCGUCGGGCGUAGCGACAUUGUUGGGUCGCCGCUGGCCAUGAUGCUGACAAACCUGGAUGCCACGGUGACGCUAUGCCACAGCCGCACGCGUGGACUCGAGCAAAAGGUGCGGGCAGCCGAUUUGGUGGCCGUGGCCGUGGGCUCGGAUGCAUUCAUCAAGGCUGAGUGGGUCAAGCCAGGGGCCGUGGUCAUUGACGUCGGCAUGAACGCGCGCGACGACGCUACGCGCAAGGCCGGGUACCGGUGGGUCGGCGACGUGGAGGCAUCGGUGCGCGAGCACGCCAGCUUUGCAACCCCCGUUCCUGGCGGCGUUGGGCCAAUGACCGUGGCCAUGCUGCUGAGCAACGUCGUGGCCGGUGCUAAGCGCCAGCACGCUGAGGCUGCGCAGAUGGCUAUUGUGCCGCGUGCCCUGAAGCUGCGCACGCCCGUGCCCAGCGACAUCGCCAUUGCCGGCGAGCACGGGCCCAAGCCUAUUGCGCAGCUCGCGCGCGAGCUGAACCUGGGCGCCGGUGAAUUUGAGCCGUACGGCGCGUUCGCGGCCAAGGUUCCAUUGAGCGUGCUGCAGCGGCCGUCGGCCGAGGGCCGUUCGGCGCGAUACGUUGUGGUGACGGGCAUCAGCCCAACGCCACUGGGCGAGGGCAAGUCAACGGUAACUGUGGGGCUGGCCCAGGCACUGUACGCGCACGCGCGGCGGCCGGCAUUUGCCUGCGUGCGGCAGCCAUCGCAGGGCCCAACGUUUGGCAUCAAGGGCGGCGCGGCCGGCGGUGGCUACGCGCAGGUGACACCGAUGACGGCCAUGAACCUGCACCUGACCGGCGACAUCCACGCCAUCACAGCCGCCAACAACCUGGUGGCUGCCGCCGUCGACGCGCGCCGCUUCCAUGAGGCCACGCAGACCGACGCGCAGCUGCUGCAGCGCUUGUGUCCACGUAAAAAGGGCGUCGCGCGCACUGUGGCCAAGCCGCUGCUCCGCCGGCUCGAGCGCCUGGGGCUCGGCGAGUGCUCUGUCGAUGAGCUGGACGCCGACCAGGUGCGGCGCCUUGUGCGCCUGGACAUCGACCCCGAGCGCAUCAGCUGGCGCCGUGUGCUCGAUACCAACGAUCGCUUUCUGCGCGAAAUCACCGUAGGCGAGGCCACAUCUGAGCGCGGCAUGGCGCGCAAGACCGGGUUUGACAUCGCUGUGGCCAGCGAGAUCAUGGCCGUGCUGGCGCUGACGUCGUCGCUGGCCGAUAUGCGCGAGCGCCUGGCUCGCAUGGUCGUUGGGUUCAGUCGCGCUGGCGAUCCCAUCACGUGCGACGACCUGGGAGUCGCCGGCGCACUGGCCGUUCUGAUGCGCGAUGCGCUGAGCCCGACGCUGAUGCAGACUCUCGAGGGCUCCCCCGUGUUUGUGCACGCCGGGCCCUUCGCCAACAUCGCACAUGGCAACUCGUCAGUGGUGGCCGACCGCAUUGCGCUGCAGCUGGCUGGUCCGCGCGGCUUUGUCGUGACUGAGGCCGGGUUUGGCGCCGAUAUUGGGUUUGAAAAGUUUGUCAACAUCAAGUGCCGCGCAUCUGGACUCACCCCCGACGCUGCCGUCAUUGUGGCCACUGUACGUGCUUUAAAAAUGCAUGGUGGUGGCCCCGACGUUGUGCCCGGUCGGCCCCUGCCCGAGGCAUACACGCGCGAGGACCUGCCUCUGCUGGAGAGCGGCUUUGCCAAUCUGCGCCGGCAUAUCGAGAAUGUGCGCAGCCUGGGUGUGCGCCCCAUUGUGGCCAUUAAUGCCUUUGACUCGGACACUCCGGCGGAGCUGGCCCUCGUGCAGCGCCUGGCUCUCGAGGCUGGGGCCUACGACGCUGUGCCCACACAUCUGUGGGCCAAGGGCGGUCAGGGUGCCGAGGAUCUCGCCAACACAGUCAUCCGCUGCUGCGAAGAUGACGAGCCUGCUACUGCUUCCGAUUCCUUCCGCUUCCUCUACACCGACGAUAUGAGCAUUAAGCAGAAGAUCGAAGCCAUCGCUAAGCAGUUCUACCGCGCGGGCUCUGUCAGCUAUAGCGAGGAGGCCGAGAGCAAGAUUGCUAUGUUUGAGCAAUGCGGGUGGGCCAAGAUGCCAGUAUGCAUGGCCAAAACCCAGUACAGCUUUUCGGCCGAUCCCGCGCUCAAGGGCGCCCCUGAGGGCUUUGACCUGCCGAUUCGCGAUAUCCGUGCCAGUCUCGGUGCCGGUUUCAUUUACCCGCUCUGUGGUGCCAUGCAGACCCUCCCGGGUCUCCCCACUCGUCCGUGCUUCUACGACAUUGACGUGAAUCCCGAUACCGGGGACAUUCAGGGUCUUUUCUAA